UGAUGAAUCAAAUGAUAAUCAGCAUCCUGCCCCCCGCUUCUAGACACCAUGCAUUUUAUUAUCGUUACCCCGGGUCGACUUCUCCUCCUCCUGUCUCUGUGUGGUGCUAGAUAGGAAUCAUGGUCGGGUCAUCCAAGCCUGUUUCGCUGCGUGACUCAUUCCGCCAGGCAUUGCAUCGUCGAGAAGCAAAGUCUUCUCGGCGAAGACUCACCGUGUUACCCAAUUCGUCAGUGGAUUUUUCCUCCAACGAUUUCCUAUCGCUGUCGACGUCGCCGGUCUUCCGUGCCCGGUUUCUUGACCUUCUAAACCAGGCUCCUCCAUUAUAUCCUUUUGCGAGUGGGGGUUCUCGUCUGUUAGACGGGAAUUCCACCUACGCAGAGGAAUUGGAGAGCUUUAUCGCGGACUUUCACGGCGCGCCUAGUGGGCUGCUGUUUAAUUCCGGAUUCGAUGCCAAUGUCGGCGUCUUGUCGUCUAUUCCUCAACCGGGGGAUUUGAUUGUGUAUGAUGAACUCAUCCAUGCAAGUGCUCAUGAGGGCAUGAGGCUGUCGAGAGCGGGGAAGCGAGUAAAAUUCUCCCACAGUUGUCCCACUAGCUUGAGAAGGGUGCUGGAGUCGGAAAUCGAGGCAGAUCCAGCCAUUGGAGAUGGCAAUCGCAAUGUUUUUAUCGUGGUGGAAUCUAUCUAUAGCAUGGAUGGAGACGUUGCUCCGAUCCGGGACUUUGUCCAGAUCGUAGAUGAGCUUUUCCCUCGAAAGAAUGGGUAUUUCCUUGUUGAUGAGGCACAUGCAACAGGGGCCUUUGGUCCCCGUGGUGGAGGUGUCGUCCAGGAAUUGGGCUUGGAAGAGCGGAUGUUCAUUCGAGUCCAUACAUUUGGGAAGGCCCUAGCAAGUCACGGAGCAAUUGUUCUUUGCUGCCCUGAUACCAGACAGUACUUGAUCAACUAUGCCCGGAGUUUGAUCUACACAACUGCAUUGGGAUUCCCAUUCUUAGCCUCCAUUCGAGCAGCAUACGAACUGCUAUCUGAGGGAGAAACCGAACCUCUCCAACGUAACCUUCAACAAUUGAUCCUUCAUAUGCAUUGUCGACUGACCGAACUGGGCUCUUGGGACCCGGCUAUAUUUGAAGUGGAUCAUUUUCCAACAUCCCCGAUCUUUUCCCUGCGAAGUCCUGUCCCCCGCAAGCUGGCUGCUGUAUGCCAGCAAGAAGGGUUCAUCGUUCGUGCCAUUAUGUCACCUACCGUACCGGCUGGAAAGGAACGAGUGCGGGUCUGCCUGCAUGCGGGAAAUACGGUUGAAGAAAUCGACGGGUUGGUGGGUACGAUUCAAAACUGGCUGAACCAGUCGACGGAGAAAAGGAGUGCUAGAUUAUGAUUAUGAUUCACGAAUAGUUCCUACGGACUUACUGCCGAAAAGGUCCAGCCUCUUGUAUAUAGUUUUGGCAUGGAUAUAUCA